GGGCAUGUGCCUUUUCUUUUAUCGCCAGAUCCUGGCCCUUGGUGUAGGGUAUUGGGGUUGGGAGGACCACCACGCGCUACCCUCACAUCUCAGCCCCAUUCUCCCCGUCGGAGGUACAGUAGACGUGCGGCCCUAGCUCUAUCCUGCGUUGGUUUAGCUUCUAUUUUAUCACCUUGAAGAUGGAGCUGAAUACUUGAGAGAAGAUGUGGAUCAAGGCACUCAGAAAUCUUCAUCUGAAAUAUUGGCACAGAGAAACUAUAUACUUUUUUACGUUUUGGAGAUACAUGAUGGAAAGAAACAUAGCGUCAAAUCAGACUGAGACACUUCUGAAGAGAAUACAAGAACUGGAGAGAGAGGUACAGAGGCUACAACAGGAACAGGCUGACAAUAAGAAGAGCCCAAACAUCAAAGGAGAAAGUUCCACUGAAGCUGGGAAACCAAAGAAACGGCAGCAUCAACAGCGUGCUUUUAAUUUCAGUGCGUAUGGCCAAAGACAUGUAGCUUUAAGGGUAGCUUAUUUGGGCUGGGGAUACCAGGGUUUUGCCAGUCAAGAAAACACAAACAACACCAUUGAGGAAAAACUGUUUGAGGCACUAACCAAGACUCGGCUAGUAGAAAGCAGACAGACAUCUAACUACCACCGAUGUGGGAGAACAGACAAAGGAGUCAGUGCUUUUGGACAGGUGAUUUCCCUUAACCUUCGCUCCCAACUCCCGGGGAGCAAGAAUCCAGAAGAUCAAAGUUUGAAAGACAGUAUCAAUGAUGCUGCUGAAGAGAUUCGUUAUACCCAUAUUCUUAAUCGGGUGCUCCCUCCAGACAUCCGGGUGCUGGCUUGGGCCCCUGUAGAACCCAGCUUUAGUGCCCGGUUCAGCUGCCUUGAACGGACUUACCGCUACUUUUUCCCCUGUGCUGAUUUAGAUAUUGAAGCCAUGAAUGAUGCAGCCCAAAAAUAUGUUGGCACUCAUGAUUUCCGGAACUUAUGUAAAAUGGACGUGGCCAAUGGUGUGAUAAAUUUCCAGAGGACUAUCCUGUCUGCUAAAGUGCAACUAGUGGCCUUGCGGGGUCCAGGGGAGAAAUUUCAACAGCAGGAACCAUUCCAGUUAUGUCAAUUUGAAGUGACUGGGCAGGCAUUUCUUUACCAUCAAGUACGGUGUAUGAUGGCCAUUCUCCUUCUUAUUGGCCAGAGGAUGGAGAAACCAGAGAUCAUUGAUGAACUGCUGAAUAUAGAGAAAAAUCCCCAAAAACCACAGUACAGCAUGGCAGUGGAAUUUCCUCUAGUUCUAUAUGAUUGUAAAUUUGAGAACAUCAAAUGGAUCUAUGAUCGGGAGGUCCAGGAGUUUAAUGUUACACACUUGCAGCAAUUGUGGGCUAGUUAUGCAGUUAAAAGUCACAUGUUAUACAGCAUGCUACAAGGACUGGACUCUGCUGCCAUAUGUCCUGGGUCAGGAUCAAAGAUAAAUGAAAUGGUUCAGUGGAGAGAUGUCAAACCUUCUGUCCAGAAGCAGAUUAGUGCCUUUGUAGAGGGAGUGAAAACACGAACCUAUAAGCCAUUAUUGGAUCGUCCUAGAUGUGAAGGUUUAGAGUCCCGGAUCCAGCACUUUGUUAGAAGGGGAAGAAUUAAGCAGCCACAUGUAUGCCAAGAAGAGGAAAUAAAAACCAAAAGGGACUACAGUGAUACUACAGAAGAAGAAAGCAACACCUCAGAAAAACUAACAAAGAAGAUCUGUGUUAAUAGGAAUUAAAAGUGCCACCUUGAUAUUAGGAAAGGCAAUGAAACAUGGAGGGGCAAAUCAGUUUAGAGUAAAGACCAAAAUGAAUUUUUGUUGAAGAGCUACAGAACAAAAACUCUUUAUUAAAGGAAGAGUUUGUUCUCAGAAUUUUACCUGCUGGUUUUCCAUAAGGUUUCAGAUUAAAAACAAAAAACCUUACAGUUUACUGAACUUGCCUGUAUGAAGUUAGUGGUUGAAGAAAGCACAACUUGGACCAAUAGGAACAGGGAUGAGGCAGCAAUAUAAAUGGAAAUAUUUGCCACAGCUAGAGACUUGUGCCUUUGUUUUCAAAUUCAUUAAAGAAAUUUGAUUUAAA